AUCCCUCUAUAGGUACAGCGUGUGAUUGUACUCUUGUGUCUCUCUGAAAUUCUAUUUUGCCGAACUGACAUUUCUCGUAUCCUUUUUCUUCGGACAUGCCAUCUUCGGAUUCUUCCAGUUCGAGAGGGCGAAAGGUGCCUUUGUAAAACUGUCGGAUUCAAUUCUAGAUAUGUCCGGGGACCAGAAGACUCUCAUAAAGGGCAACCCUUCACGGUACGUCAAGCUCAAUGUUGGAGGAUCCCUGCACUACACGACCAUAGGGACGCUCACCAAGCAUGACACCAUGCUCAGGGCUAUGUUCUCAGGGAGGAUGGAAGUCCUGACAGACUCUGAAGGCUGUUCCCAGAUGUACAUCCCAUCCUCAACAGAGGGGAUGAAAAACAGGACAAACCCAGAAGGCUGGAUACUAAUAGACAGGUGCGGUAAACAUUUCGGAGCGAUUCUGAACUUUUUACGGGAUGGGCUGGUACCACUUCCAGAAUCCAGUACCGAAACAGCUGAACUUCUCGCUGAAUCCAAGUAUUAUUGCAUAUCUGAGUUGGCUCAGGCCUGUGAAAAAGCGUUAAUGAAAAAAGAGAGAGAGGCUGAACCUAUUUGUCGGGUACCUUUAAUUACUUCCCCAAAAGAAGAACAGCUUCUUAUCAACUCUACUUCAAAGCCAGUUGUAAAACUUCUUAUCAAUAGACAUAACAAUAAGUAUUCUUAUACAAGCACCUCUGAUGAUAAUUUGCUUAAAAACAUUGAGUUGUUUGACAAAUUGUCUUUGAGAUUUAGCGGCCGUGUUUUAUUUAUCAAGGAUGUGAUAGGAUCUAGCGAAAUCUGUUGUUGGGGGUUUUAUGGCCAUGGUAAAAAAGUGGCAGAAGUAUGUUGCACGUCGAUUGUUUAUGCACCGGACCGAAAGCACACGAAGGUUGAGUUCCCGGAGGCAAGGAUUUACGAGGAGACGUUGAACAUUUUGCUCUACGAGAAUCGCAUCGGACCGGAUCAAGAGCUGAUGCAAGCCACCUCGUCAAGAGGAGCCGUGACUGGCAUGUCGUCAUAUACGAGUGAUGAAGAAGAGGACCGCCCUGGCCUCACAAGGCUCAGAAUGAACAAACAAAACCCAUGAUUCUUUUGUAACAGUGGUAAAAUUAAUCUUCAAUUUUUAGUGUUCACUAGCCCAUAUCGACUACAAGAAAAUGAGCAUGGCUCAUUUUAUUAGCCGGAUGCAUUUUUAUGGUCUAAAUAAGAUAUUUAAAGAGUAAUAUUUUUUUAAAUAGGUGGAAGUUUUAAUUUUUACUUCAAUACUUCUGAAAUCAGGAAAAAUAUGGAUCAAACACAUUAUCUAGUUUAGACGAGUUUCUGGUUUUCAGAAUUAACAAUUCGUUUUCAAGUCAGUACUUGUACAUAUUUUUGCUACAUAAAAACUAUGUAUAUAUAAAACUUAUUUAUUAUAAAUGUUUUGUGUGUAACUGAAGAUGGAACUGAAAGUAGAAAAAGACUUAAGUUGUUGCAAUGCCAAGUUUUAUCCCCCUCUUACCAAUUCGACAAGGUAAAUGUUUUCAAUCCUCUACCAUUUCCUUUAAUUAUUUCUUGGAAAACUCUUCAAUUAAUAUGUAUUAAAAAUCAUUUAAAAAUAAACUACACUUUUUCCCAUAAAUCAAAAUUAAUGAAGUCAUUCUUUAAAUUAAAAUUGAAAUUUAUCUUUUAAUUACCUUAGAAAAGUUGAAGCAUGUUUUGAUGCUCAAGGUUCUGCACUACAUAAAUUGAAUGAAAUAUGUUAUUCAAUUUUUUGUUAAUCUUGAUGCUUUUAGUAAGAAAAAUAUGAUUUUAAUUUAAAUAAAAAAUAUUAAAUAAUAUAAAAAUAGAAUAUUGUCAAUUAUUUGCAGUUAGGAAAUUUUACCAAUAUGACUUUUGAUUACCCCUUUUAUGUUGAACCAUAGUAAAUAAAUAAUAUGAGUGUAUACGCUUCUACAAAAUGUCGCUUGUAAGAAAAUAAGACUGUACUUUGAUGGCAUAUACUUAAGUUAUAAUUUAGAAUUUGAACAACAAUCAUUGGUUUUAUUAUUGCUGUGAUUAAAUAAAUGAGUUAUAGUGUU